AGCCUGCAGCUACGCUAACGUGUGUUUGGAUGAUGCUGUGUUUCGCCCUAAAGAACAUUGUCCUAAGUUGUAUCUUUUAACGGCUUCAUUGUGUUUUUCUGCUUCACUUUCAUCGUCAAGCUCUGAAAUGUCAUCCAGAAAUCAGAGUAACAUCACAGCUGGGCUUCAGGAUGACGGGCUGCUGGGAAUUGUAUUGUUCUGUAUUGUGACCACGCUGCCAUCUUGUGUGUUUCUCUACAUUAACGGGAUCAUGUUGUUCACUCUGAGGAGUAAAACUGUGUUUUGUGAGACUGCUCGCUACAUUCUGCUGUAUAACCUGUUGUUUGCUGAAACUGUGCAGCUGGUUGUGAGUCAGGUUCUGUUCCUGUUGGCUGCUGAUAGAGUAAUAAUGACGUAUCCUGUAUGUGUAUUUCUCACCCAGCUCACUAUUCUCACCACUGUGAUCUCUCCUCUCACUCUGGUGGUGAUGUCUGUGGAGAGAUAUGUUGCUGUGUGUUACCCACUGAGACAUGCUGAUAUUGUCACUGUCAGAAACACAGAUGUGGCCAUCAUUUUGAUUUGGAUGUUUUCUUUUCUGAAUGUUCUCAUUCGACUUCUUCUGCUGUUGGAGCUUCCUUUUGACGACCUGCUGAAUCUACAGGUCAAAGGAUUCUGUUCGAUCACAGGCAUGUUUGUUGGACCAAUAUCUGAAGCUUAUAGCAGAGCAUUCACAGGUUUUGUGUUCACAUCAGCCGGUGUGGCCAUCAUUUCCUCCUAUAUUGGUGUUGCAGCAGCAGCCAGGUCGGCCUCUGCAGACAAAACUUCAGCCCAUAAGGCUCGAAACACACUGCUGCUGCAUCUGGUGCAGUUGGGCCUCAGCCUCUCCUCCACCAUUUACACUCCACUGCUCAUUGCUCUGUCAACAGUAGUAACCAGGGCUGUGCUUGUCCGCACCCAAACUUUCAUUUAUAUGUUGGUUUUCAUUGUGCCCAGGUGUCUGAGUUCACUCAUCUACGGCCUCAGAGAUCAGAGCAUCAGGCCUGUCCUCAUGUUCUACCUCUGCUGCCGACUGAGACUCUCAGUUGUCAAAGUAAAGUCUGAGGUCUCAACCUCGGUCAAAAUGUAAAUGGACGACACUCGAUAUGUGUCUGUAUAUGUGGCAUAAAUUGUAAAUAACAUCGUAAUGCUUCCAAAUCCUUUAUUUAGCUUGAAAGCUUCUGAAUGAGCUUCACAAACAUUACAUUGUUUUGUGCAAUGUUAUUCUGUUGUGUUGUCAGUCUGUUUUAAACCCUCUGCGACAGUAGAAUCCUGUCACAACAAAGUAUUAUUGUUCUUACUGAGACUGUGUUAUUUGUGAUUGUUACAUACAGUGGUACAUGAAUCUUUCUGUUCUCCCCAGGAUAAUCAUGAUAUUUGAGAUUUUUUCAGCUGUUUAAGUGGUCGUAAUGAGUUGUGAAGAUUUUCUGCUGCUCUCUGAUCAAAGCUAACUCUUUCUGGUCCUUU